AUGCGUAACUGCUCACUGAUCUUUCUGCCAGCAAUUCCGCUGCUUUUGUACGUUUGGUGAAUUCGUGUUGGUGGGCCGACUACUCAACUCUAGCCUUCAUAUCCAAAAGAAAAUCCCCAAAACGUUUGGUUUUCUAGAGUGUUAUUGUGUGUGCUCUCAUGCUUCUGCUGCAUCCUGGGUUCUGAUCCGGAAGGAAGCGUUUUGGUAGACGGAAAGAAAGCUGAAGCCGAUAGAUUGGGAGUAGGAAGAUGGCGGAGAAGCCUGAAGUUCUUGACGCUGUGCUGAAGGAAACGGUUGAUUUGGAAAAUAUACCCAUUGAGGAGGUGUUUGAGAAUCUCAGAUGUACAAAGGAGGGUCUUACUAGUCAGGCAGCCCAAGAGAGGUUGGCCAUUUUUGGGCACAACAAGCUUGAGGAGAAGAAGGAUAGCAAAUUCCUGAAAUUCUUGGGCUUCAUGUGGAAUCCUCUCUCGUGGGUGAUGGAAGCUGCAGCAAUUAUGGCAAUCGCACUUGCAAAUGGAGGGGGAAAGCCCCCAGAUUGGCAGGACUUUGUUGGGAUUAUUACAUUGCUGGUGAUAAACUCCACCAUUAGUUUCAUUGAGGAGAACAAUGCAGGCAAUGCAGCAGCAGCUCUCAUGGCUCGUCUAGCUCCAAAAGCCAAGGUCCUUCGAGAUGGAAGAUGGAGUGAGGAAGAUGCUGCUGUUUUGGUGCCUGGGGAUAUUGUCAGUGUUAAACUGGGAGAUAUAAUUCCUGCUGAUGCUCGUCUACUUGAAGGAGAUCCAUUGAAAAUUGAUCAGUCUGCAUUGACAGGUGAAUCUCUUCCUGUAACUAAAGGUCCUGGAGAUGGUGUUUACUCUGGUUCUACUUGCAAACAAGGAGAGAUUGAGGCCAUUGUCAUUGCUACGGGUGUUCAUACCUUUUUUGGAAAGGCCGCACACCUGGUUGAUUCUACCAACCAAGUGGGCCACUUCCAAAAGGUUUUAACUGCAAUUGGAAACUUUUGCAUUUGCUCUAUUGCUGUGGGCAUGAUUAUAGAGAUUAUUGUCAUGUAUCCUAUCCAACACCGAAAGUAUCGUCCUGGGAUUGACAAUCUUCUUGUACUGCUCAUUGGUGGAAUUCCAAUUGCCAUGCCAACUGUCCUUUCAGUAACAAUGGCAAUUGGUUCGCAUCGUCUUGCUCAACAGGGAGCUAUUACAAAAAGGAUGACAGCUAUAGAAGAGAUGGCUGGAAUGGAUGUUCUUUGCAGUGAUAAGACAGGAACUUUGACAUUGAACAAGCUUACUGUUGACAAGAAUCUUAUUGAGGUGUUUGCCAAGGGAGUCGAUCCAGAUACUGUUGUUCUGAUGGCAGCUCGAGCAUCAAGAACGGAAAACCAAGAUGCAAUUGAUGCUGCUAUUGUUGGGAUGCUUGCUGAUCCAAAGGAGGCACGUGCUGGCAUUCGAGAAAUACAUUUCCUUCCAUUCAACCCCACCGACAAGCGAACAGCACUUACUUAUCUUGACAGUGAAGGAAAAAUGCACAGGGUCAGCAAAGGUGCUCCGGAGCAGAUUUUAAAUCUCGCACACAACAGAUCGGAGAUAGAGCGCAGGGUUCAUACCGUGAUUGAUAAGUUUGCAGAACGAGGCUUGCGAUCACUUGCUGUAGCCUAUCAGGAGGUUCCUGAUGGAAGGAAAGAGAGUGCUGGAGGACCCUGGCAAUUCAUUGGACUCAUGCCUUUGUUUGAUCCACCAAGGCACGAUAGUGCUGAGACCAUCAGGAGGGCUUUGAAUCUUGGAGUUAAUGUUAAAAUGAUUACUGGUGAUCAGCUAGCAAUUGGAAAAGAAACCGGGCGGCGUUUGGGAAUGGGUACAAAUAUGUAUCCUUCAUCUUCUUUGCUGGGACAGAGUAAGGAUGAGUCAAUUGCUGCAUUACCUAUUGAUGAACUGAUAGAGAAGGCAGAUGGUUUUGCUGGUGUUUUCCCCGAGCACAAGUAUGAGAUAGUGAAGCGCUUGCAAGCAAGGAAGCAUAUCUGUGGAAUGACUGGUGAUGGUGUCAAUGAUGCUCCAGCUUUAAAGAAGGCUGAUAUAGGGAUAGCUGUUGCUGAUGCAACUGAUGCAGCACGCAGUGCAUCUGAUAUUGUUCUUACUGAACCUGGUCUCAGUGUCAUCAUCAGUGCUGUUUUGACCAGUCGAGCAAUCUUUCAGAGGAUGAAAAACUACACGAUUUAUGCUGUUUCUAUCACAAUUCGUAUAGUGCUUGGUUUCAUGCUGCUGGCUCUAAUAUGGAGAUUUGAUUUCCCACCAUUCAUGGUUCUUAUCAUUGCUAUUCUGAAUGAUGGUACUAUUAUGACAAUAUCAAAAGACAGGGUGAAACCAUCCCCUCUUCCUGACAGUUGGAAGCUGGCUGAGAUUUUUGCUACCGGAGUUAUUCUUGGCGGUUACUUGGCAAUGAUGACUGUCAUAUUCUUUUGGGUAGCGUAUAAAACCAACUUCUUCCCGAGAACAUUUGGCGUGGCUACACUUGAGAAGACGGCUACUGAUGACUUUAGGAAGCUUGCAUCUGCGAUCUACCUUCAAGUUAGCACUAUCAGUCAGGCACUGAUAUUUGUCACGAGAUCACGGAGUUGGUCAUUUGUUGAACGUCCUGGUGUAUUUCUUGUUGUUGCAUUUGUGAUUGCUCAACUAGUUGCUACUCUAAUUGCUGUCUACGCGAAUUGGAGCUUUGCGGCGAUUGAAGGCAUUGGUUGGGGUUGGGCUGGGGUUAUUUGGCUUUACAAUCUUAUUUUCUACAUCCCCCUUGAUUUCAUUAAGUUCUUCACCCGCUAUGCCCUUAGUGGGAAGGCAUGGGAUUUGGUUCUUGAACAAAGGAUUGCUUUCACCAGGAAAAAGGAUUUCGGCAAAGAACAACGUGAACUGCAAUGGGCGCACGCGCAGAGGACACUUCAUGGCCUGCAAGUUCCCGACACCAAAUUGUUUAACGAGGCAACUAAUUUCAGUGAACUUAAUCAGCUGGCCGAGGAAGCAAAAAGGAGAGCUGAAAUUGCCAGAUUACGCGAACUGCAUACGCUAAAAGGUCACGUGGAAUCCGUGGUGAAACUGAAAGGUCUUGAUAUAGAGACAAUUCAGCAAGCCUACACCGUUUAAGGUGAUAGCGAGCGAGCUUAGAACGAAGACGUAAGCCGCCAUGUAUCAAGUUGGCCUAGCUCUAGUUCUCUGGUUUCAUUUAGUAUAUUUACUUUUCAUCCCAUCUCCCCCUGCUAUUUCCUUCACCCAGAAGGGCCAGAACAUAACAACAAUGCCCUGAAGUGGAAAACAAUUUAACAUUAAAUAUAGUAGUUUUAUUGUCUGCCUAUA